AUGGCUUUGAAAAGGAUUCAGAAGGAGUUGCAAGACCUGGGUCGUGAUCCUCCAGCGCAGUGCAGUGCCGGUCCAGUGGGUGAUGAUUUAUUUCAUUGGCAGGCCACAAUCAUGGGUCCACCAGAGUCGCCCUACCAGGGUGGCGUUUUUUUCUUGACCAUCCAUUUUCCAACCGACUAUCCUUUCAAGCCUCCGAAAGUGGCGUUCACAACACGUAUCUACCAUCCAAAUAUCAAUAGCAAUGGUAGCAUUUGUCUGGACAUACUACGAUCACAGUGGUCUCCAGCUCUUACCAUAUCUAAAGUGCUACUCUCAAUCUGCUCAUUACUGUGUGAUCCUAAUCCAGACGACCCGUUAGUACCUGAAAUUGCUCGCAUCUACAAAACUGAUCGUGAUCGUUAUAACCAGCUGGCGCGUGAAUGGACGCAGAAAUAUGCGAUGUAA